UUUUCUUUCUUUUACCAGUACUCUUCUCUUCACUUUUUCUAUCUUUCCAAAUUUUCUUUCGGGUAAAAGUCAUAGUUCGAUAUUUUGACGAAUGCUUGGAGCAGUGAGACAAGUUCAGCUUUGCCUUGCAGUCGCACAAAAGCCCUAACCAGUGAUUCAGUCCGAGACUGAGUGAAUUAAAUGCGAUCAAGUUUCCAAGAUAAUACUACACUAUACUCUCCUCAACGCCUUUUUGCUGUAUCAAAUGGAGUCUGAGAGGUUAAAUUUGCCUACUACAUUUUCAAUGAGUUUGGAAGUAAUGAACCAUGAGUUGCAGUUUUCUCAGGAUCCAAACUCCAAGCAUUUAGGAACAACAGUUUGGGAUGCAUCACUUGUAUUUGUUAAAUUUCUGGAAAAGAAUUGCAGAAGGGGAAAGUUCAGCCCUUCUAAACUCAAAGGAAAACGUGUUAUUGAACUUGGAGCAGGAUGUGGAGUAGCUGGAUUUGGCAUGGCAUUACUUGGAUGUGAUGUAGUUAUGACAGACCAAAAGGAAGUUUUACCAUUGUUAAGAAGAAACGUAGAACGUAACACUUCAACAAUCAUGCAGAUGAAUCCUGGUUUGGAUUCAUUUGGUUCUAUCAAGGUUGCAGAGUUAAGCUGGGGAAAUGAAGAUGAUAUAAGGGCUGUUGUUCCACCAUUUGACUACGUCAUAGGCACUGAUGUUGUUUAUGCAGAACAUCUCUUACAACCACUGUUGCAAACAAUAUAUGCGUUAUCAGGACCAAAAACUACAUUGAUGGUGGGCUACGAAAUCCGUUCUACUAGUGUCCAUGAACAAAUGCUUAGCAUGUGGAAAGAGAAUUUUGAGGUGAAAAUAGUUCCAAAUUCUAAGAUGGAUGACACUUACCAACAUCCUAGUAUUCAACUCUUCAUUAUGGGAUCAAAACCUCAAGCAGGUACCUCAGAAAGAAAUCUUAAGGAAAUUGAUCGGAUAACAGAUGAAGUCGAAACAAAUGAUAUCACUUCUAAGGGGUUUGAUGAAGCAGAAGACGAAGUUGAAACAAAUCAAAGUAAGGGAAUUGAUUAAACAACUGAUAAAGUUGAAACAAAUCAAUCCACGGAUGAGAUAUUUAGGUGGAGCAAGUGGCAGAGUAAGUUGAUGAGGAUGCUGAAGAAGUGAAAAGAACCCCAAAUGCAGAACUUAGUGACUGGGAAGUUAGAAGAUAUGACUCCAUAGCUGCGUGACUUUUGCAAGACGUCAAAAUUUUCAACACGUAGGAGUAAUCUAUGUUACUUAUCAUCUUUGUUAUCGUUCAGUUUAUUAGAAUGGGCAUCAAAUUCUUAGAUCUUAUUGUCCUUUUAAGAUGUUAUUUAAAGAUAAAAGAUGCACUAAGUUUCAACUGCAGUCGAGGUUGCCUAGUUCUUGAAAUGAAGUUAGUAAAGCUUUUUCGAUUGGCCUGCUUCAAGCUAUGGAAUGGAUCUUGCUAAUUUGCAAACAUUUAUUUAGUGAUUUGGGAUUUGUUGACAACAAUUCUGUUAAUGACCAGGUAAUAUAAAUAUUUUUAUUUACCUA